ACGGUCGGACGGUGGAAUGGUCGGAAACAUGGACGAGAACCCGCUGUUGAGAGGCAUGUCGCUCUCGGUUAUAUCCGAGUUCUUCGCCAGGGCUUCCGUCAAGCAAGCUUAGUUUCAGAAUGAAAAUCAAAGUAUCCGGCUUUCUUAUCGCUCCAUCCUCUUGCCUUUGAAAAUGAGAAAGCAAAGCUCCUAUUUUAUCAGUUCAAGGUAUGGCUAUGGCGGUAAGUGGCCUCCAUUUUCGAGCAGUGGCAGUGGCAGCACACUCUAGUUCAAACACUAGCAACACUUGCAGCUCGAGAAGCACUCGUGUUUGCUGCAGUAGAGAGGAUGGUUCCAGAUUUCUUCGAAGAGAAGCAGCAGCAAGGGUGGUGCUUGCUACCAUUUUCUGCAAUUCAGCACCCUCGUUUUUGAGUUCUUGGGCUGUAGCUGCGGAGGAGGAGCCAAAGCUGACGGUUUUGGAUUCAGGGCUUGGAUUCUGUGACACAAGAGUUGGAGUGGGAAAUCCUGUUGUCAAUGGCAGCUAUGUCAAGGUUCACUACACAGGCAAGCGUGAGGAUGGAACUCAGUUUGAGAGCAGCUACACAUUCAACAGGCCGCUUGAAUUCAGACUUGGAGUUGGAGAGGUGAUUGAUGGAUGGGAUCGAGGAAUUCUUGGAGGAAAUGGCAUACCUCCCAUGCAACCAGGUGGAGCACUCUCUCGAGUUUUUCCUGAGAUCAUACGUUUCCCUGUGACUUGUUUAGGUGGUAGGAGAUUGUUGCAGAUUCCAGCGAGCAUGGCGUUCGGCGAGGAAGGCGUGGGGUGCAAGAAAGGAAAGCCGCUCCUGACGCUGCUUAAGAGCUACUUCAACCCCGGCAAGAGCUCCAAUCCACCAGCAAAGCCCACUGCUCCAAGCUGCUUCAUCCUUCCAAACGCAACUCUGUUUUUCGAUGUGGAGCUGCUCGAGGCCUUCGAGCUCCCCAAGAGCAGCAAGGACGUGAAGAAGAAAAGGCGCUAAAAACGAAAAGGUCUUGCUUUUCUUCUUCAUAUUCUUGCCGAGCACGAGGCAGGCUACGCGUCAUUUGUUUGCUCGUGCCUUGCCACAUCGUACUUUUGCCGGAGCUGCUUUGUUGGAAUGUAGUCACCAGCGGAAUCCAUUCCAAAGAACAGGAAAUAGAUGUAUGGAUGAUCCAAAGCUUCCUGAGAACCAUAUGUGAAAAAAACAUAUAAAAAGGGAGUUUUUCUUA